AUGCGGGGCGGUCCAUUCGUUUUUCCGCUGUUUGUGGAUGCAGCAGACGCUGCAGCAGCAGAUGCUCGCGAGUCUUUGCAUCCCGUGACCUCAACGCCUGAGGAAAUUGCCGUGCUGUUCAACCCGACUCAUUUAGCGUCGCUCAUUCGCGUCGCAACCACCAACAUCUCUGGCUUGGCUGGCGAGACAACAGAUAUAAAAGCUGAUGUUCUUAACUCACUACCUAAAUGGGCGCAAGCAGUCGUGCAGACAGGAUGCUUCCAUACUGGUGGAGUAUUGUCUUCCCGGACAGAGUUGAAAAUAAAAUCAGAGCUGCAAAUCGAGACAGAAUAUUGGAAAGCACGUAAACAAAGAUCGGCAGGUCGUGUUGAUAGUCGCAAAAACUCAACAGAUGAUACAGCAGAUGAGCCUCAAAAUAAUUCGGGCGAAGUCAAUGUUGCGCUAGUCCUAGACUUGGAUAGGAAAGACGAUGCGGAACUUCCGAUGGUUUCAACCCAUGCUGAGACCACUGCAGAGAGCGUGAGCAAGUACGCCGAAUUACUCAAGAGAUUGGUAAAAGAGGCUUCAAAACGGCAGCUUACGGACAAUUUCGAUCAGGAUGACGUGGAUUUGUUCAAGGACGACGAAGUAAAAAUCUUGUUGCAGACUCUGAAAAGCAUGAAAAAAAACUCUUGGAUCUAUAGUUUGGAGCCGGACCUGCUAAUUUCCCUGAUACAAGCCUUUGAUGUGCAGGUGCGACUGGGCUUGGCAGUGGAUGUGAUAAGCGCUGAAUUGCUGACUAAAGUGAAAGAUGAAGAACUGAAUACUGAUCGACGAAUUCUCUCGGAGGAGAGUAUUGAUAGUUGUUUUCAGCUCCUACAUCACGCAAUUCGGAAUUUUCUCCUUCCAUGCAUCGACACUUCGUUCGUGACGACUGCAUCUAAACUGGCGACAAAAUAUAAUGAUGGAAAGCAGUUGGUUUGCCGCAAAAGUUUCGGGUCAUCUCGACUAAAUUUGUGUUUGAUGAAGGGAACUCGCAGGGCUGUCGAACGUAUUUCUCACGUAGUUUGUGAGUUCAUGGAUAAUCUUGCUACUCUCAUCACAAGUAUCAAGCUUGCGGACCGAUGGAUACUAAGACUUUCGUCAUCGAUGGUGGAGCUUUUUGCUUUGGAUCAUAGCUCGUAUGCUACUUCAUUGCAGCAAAGCGCCUUGAGCAUACUGCGGGGUAUAUUCUUGCGAUACAAGUCUCAUCGAGAGUUGCUGUUCGAAAAUAUAGUGGACAUCAUGGUAAAGCUUCCUACUAGCAAGCGUACCUUUAAAACGGUAAAAUUGUCUAACUCUAAUGACACGGUUCAGCGUAUAUCAACUCUGGUGGUGUCAUUAGUUCAGUGUCGUGUAUCUUCCAGCUCUUUCGAAACGAUGGAAACUGAGAUAAGCUGGCAAGAAGAUUUCAAGGAUGUAUUCUCAAGGCCAGAUAAUGCCACCGAAGUCAAGUCUUUACCCAGGUGUGAUUUGAUGAAAAGGUUAUUGGAAAAUGUUCAGAACGACGCUAGGUCAUUUGUUCGAGUAUUUCUACGAGCAUGCUGGAAGAAAACCGACGAUCGUUAUAAUCGCAUGGUUCUCGACAACUUUGUCGAAGACCUCCUUGUAAUGUUUGUACGUCCUGAAUGGGUGGGAGCUGAGGAUCUACUUAAGGCCUUGAGUUCAUCUUUGGCAAGUAUAUUGCACGCCAAUGUGUCUGGUGGAAGAAAUUCGGAUCAUCAUCAAAGUUUGUCAGCGCUGAACUUAAUUGGAAAAGUAUGCACUUCGAUCAAAGGUUAUCAGAGGAAGGUUGCUGUUGAUGGUCUGGAUGAUGAUAAAGGCACUCGAGCACUUAUUGAGGAACAUGCAAGCUGCUUGCGUGCAGUCGUUUCGCUCGAGAAAAGUCAGUGUAAUGAAGUAAUGCUUCGCUUUGAUGAAGAGAUCAUAAGCGAGCUUGCGUUAAAGCAUAUCGUCGUGACGCACCUUCAGCGACACAACCUUGAUGAGGGUGAUUCAAUGAAGCUAUUGAUCUUGAAAUUCAUUUCGGAGCUGGAGAUCCGUUUGAAAGGAGUCAAGUCCAAUUAUUUGGAACGUGAGAAGAGAGUUUGGAAGUCGCUGUGGGAAGGGCAAACAAGAGGCUCAGACUCGAUGUUUACGAUUGCCCCUCCUACUAUUGAGCUAGCACUGAAGUCUUAUUUACAUCUCGCUGUAAAACGUGAAUUUUGUGGCCUAUUUAGCAAGCUCUUAGCGCACAUAAUGAUUUUAUUAUCUAAGGGAGCGCCAUUUCUCAAAGCGCGAGUUAUGAAAUGUUUGAGAGGAAUUGUCGACAUGGAUCCGAUGUUGAUGACAGAUUCUCGUGUGCAGCUUGCGGUUAAAAGGUGUUGCACAGAUGAGAAACCCUCGGUUCGGGAAGCAGCCGUUGAUCUGAUCGGAAGUUAUGUUUCGCAACAGCCCCUUUUGAUUGACGAGUAUUUUGGCGUUCUCUCUGAACGAAUACGUGACAAGGGUAUGAAAGUGCGAAAAAGUGUUUGCAAGAUCUUUAAAACGGCAAUUGUGAUGCGGGAUCGAAAUCGCGGAUCAAUCACGGAACAAGAGCUACGCCGAAAAAGUGCUUGUAUGCGGUGUUUAGUCGAACGAAUUGGACAUGCAGCUGAAGAUCGAGCUAUCAAAGAUUUUGUUAUCGAUAUUUUUCAAGAAGUUUGGUUUGGCUCUGAACUGUCUUCGUCUAGAUCAUUGAAUAUGUUUAAUGACGAAUUCUCAUUACCAGCCGGCUGGACUGCUCUUCCAAGCGAUGUCCAUGAACAGGAAUAUUCCGCUGCUCAACUUGAUAAUAACAUAAAAUUUGUCUCGACAGAUGGGAAUGUCGCCCACUCGGCGGAAGAAGCUUGGUCGUUAGCUCAAACGCCCACAGUGACGCCUGCCAGUAUCGUUAAAACUAAUAUUUCAAAACUAGACAACAGCGCUGAUGUUGUUGCAACUAUCGUUGAGGUCCUUCAUGGUGUACCAAACUUGAAGUGGUUUACUGAAUUGCUAAAAAGACUGUUAGAGGAAUGCAAUCAGGCAGCUGGGGCACAUUCAACACAAUAUCGGCUGACUCAUGUUGCAAUAGCUCGAAAUCGUUCGAAGAAAAUUGUAGAUCGUUUGGUAAAUAAUCUGAUGGAUCUUCAAGAAGGUAAACUUAUCAAAGGUGUUUCAAUCGAUAAAGCAGAAGAGCAGUUUGCGGCGUGCAUGACUGCUCUGUCAGCCUUUUGCGAAGCAAACCCUCAGCUUCUAGCUUGCCACCUCGAUACAAUUCGCGUGUAUCUAAAAGAAAAGGACAUUAGGGUCCAAACCUCAUGUGUCUCGAUUAUAAACAACGUUUUGAAAUUAAAGCGAGUGCCGUACACGAUCGCUAUGAAAUUGGAAGACGAUUUAAAGCUUCUUGUUCAGCGUUCUUCUCCUAGCGUUGUUGGUCCGAGUAUUGAGUGUCUUGCAACGCUUUCCAUAACGAGAAAAAGUGCACCCAACCAUUUAUUUGAGAUGCUAGAGCACUAUUUUCUUUGCAUAUGCAAGUACAAACAGAGGGAUUCUUAUGCUGGGUUAUCGGAUCAAGAGAACCAAGUGCUACAGCGUGCACUGUUUGUAGCGGGAAAAAUUGUCGGUGCAACGGACAUUGACACUUGUGUUGCGCUUUCGAAUGAGGCUAAAGUGCUCACUAUUGGUCAAAUCACCGAAUUGCUCUACAAUCUGUACAGACAAUUUGUCCAGAUGCAAGGUAACGAUACAUGCGCAGGCAAAGCUGUUCAGGGCAUGGGUUUUCUAUUUUUGAUCCGACCACGUCUGUUUCUUCGGGCACAGCAAGAGGGCUUAUUAAGCUAUCUUUUGAAGGCUGACACCCGAAAAGCGAAGCUGCAAUGUCUUAUCAGCAUGAAGGAGUUGCUGCUAUACCAGGAAGAACAUUUGGGAAACGGCCAUGCAACAAAGUCUUUAAAUCAGUUUAAAAGCAAAGAACAGCAAGUCCAAGGCGAUCAGGAAGCGGACGCCUCGUUGAUUGGUAAUGUCAUGCAAGCAGAGUUGGAAAAUGUUUUGCAUUUAUUGUUGCAAAAGGUGCCGCAAAUCCGAAAAGCGGCUAUUGCCUGCAUUGACGCAUUGCUUACACAAGGCUUGGUGAAUCCGCUGCAAUGUAUACCAAAUUUGGUAGCGCUUGAGACUGAUCGUAUUUCAGAUGUUCGGGAUACAGCAUUCUCUCUGUUGCUAGCGCUGCAUAAAAGAUACUGGAGCCAAUUUCAUACACCUCUUAUUGAAGGUAUUGAAAAUUCGUACUCGUUUCAGCUCAGUGUCUUCGGCGAUACUACAGCGCUGGGGAUCGAUGAAAACGAAAAAGACUUUUGUCUCUUCGGUCGACUAUUUUCAAAUUGCGUUCCGACAAUGAAGUCGCAUAGACCGCGUUUUUUGAGAGCGCUGGUGAACCAAUUUACUGAACAGGGGAGUAUCCUUCGGCCAUUGAGAAAUAAGGAGACUAUCAUUGACAGCGAUACGAUCACAUCCAGAUUAAAAUUUUUGUGCUAUCUGGCGCAAAUUUUGGCGUCGCUGCCCUACGAAUUGGAGGAAGAGCCGCUUUACAUUAUUUAUUUAGUCAAUCGCUACGUGAGUCUUCGACUCGGCCCCGUGAUGGAUGAUCUGAAGAAGGCCUUUGCCGAGGCAGGGGUCGCACCAAGUUUAUUAAUGAACGAUGAAUUAGAUCUUUCUACUUUAAAGCUCGGAGAGUAUUCACUGUGCCUUCCUGCUCGCUCUGUAUUAUCGCUUGGAAUAAAUGGACGAACCGCUUUCGCGAUUGCACUGAUGCUACGUCUAAAAUUUACGCUGAAGCAUAAUUUUCAGUUGACUAACGAGAGGUGCGCUACCUUCAAACCCACUUCUACAGAUACUUCAGCCGAGGCGAAGGAACGUCUCUUCAAAAAAUUAUUAUUACCUUCCGUCGAUGAUCUGUGCCAUGCCAACGAUCCAAUUUUGAUAAAUUGGAAUCUAUUUAUGGUUGCGUGGUACGCGGCCCGGGAGGACCAAAAGCAGUUGGAUAUCGAUCUUGAAGAAGUUCAAGCGGCAGUACCAAAGCAACGGCGCCAAUCGCGCAGAGCUUUUUCAUCAAAAAAACAGAAAAUUCGGAAAAUUCAAAGCCAGGACGAGUUUGUCGAAUGA